UUGCUUUAAAAAAAAAAAAGCCUUUUAGCCACCUUCCCAGGAGGUGGUAAAUUCAGCUGCGCAGGCGCCUUGCUUCCCCCUCCAUCACCAUCUUAGAUUGGCCUACGAUUGAUUACAUCAUUGGUCCGCGCAACCCUAGCAGGCUUCUGGGCCUGUAGCUGAGCCGAAGCUCUUCCUUUUGCGUAGCGGGGCGGGGCACGAUGGUGGCCGGGGGGGGGGAAAUUGUUCUACUACGCAUGCGCACCGGGGAUGGCGACAGGGCCUCUUUCUUUGCUUCUCUCCACAGCUCUUCCCAGCCGGGGGGCUGAGUGCCCUCCCCCUUUUCUCCCUGCCCCUCCCCUUUCUCCCCCCCCACCGCCCAGCGGGGCUUCUAACUGACAGUUGUCGCCGGGCCCCCUCCGCGCACCGCCUCCUUCUGCCCGUGUCCCCCGCAGGUAGAGGGGGGCGGGAGGGGGUGUGAGGGAGAGGAGGAGCCGGAGCCGCCGCUGCGGCCCCCUCCGGGGAGGGGAGAGGAGAACCCCUUUCCUCCUCGCCCCCUCCCAGCCCCCUGCUGGCCCGGGAGGGGGUGGGGCGCCGAGGCCGCGGCGACCCGGCGGGGCCUGGCCGGUGAAGAGCAGGCGGGCGGGGUGCGGAGGGGUGAGGCCGGCGAGGGCCGUGCGCGCGCCGCCGCCGGGGGGAGGGGAGAGGAGGGCACCUAGGCUCUCCUCUUCUCUCCCCCCUCCCCGCGCGCCAUGUAACCCCGCCCCGCCGGCGGUGAGCUCGAGACCCCCGCGCGCACCGAGCCGAGCCGGCGGCUGAGGAGAGCCAGGCCCGAUGUGGCAGGGGCUACGCGCCGCGGCCGAGCCGUGAGGAAGCGGCUCGCGCUCACGCGUCCCCCAGCACCUCGAGCGGCUGUUCCACACCGCCCAGCCUAGGCCUGCCGGGGCAUGAGCGUGCCCGGGACGCCGGGAGCGAUGGAGCCGGCCGGGGAGGAAGAGCGGCCGCCACCGGCGGCCGAAGGAGAGGACGACGAGGAAGAGGUGGCAGCGGCGGCCCAGACCUCAGGGCCGGCCCACGGAAGGAGUGCCUCCUCGCUGGAGGACGCGGACGAUCAGGAGGAAGAGAUGGAGGCGAUGGUGAUCGGAGGCGGUGGCUGCAAGGAGCAGGAGCUGACCUACGAGCUACAGCAGGGCUACCGCAUCCUGGGCGAGUUCCUGCAGGAGAAGCACCGGGGCCUCACCGCCCCCUUUCUGCAGCCCUUGGGGGGCGUUGCCACCGCGGAGGAGGAGGUGGCGGAAGGGCCGCGCAGCGGGGGCCGGGGCGGUCGCGCCUUCGCGCAGCAGCCCAGGCAGGGCAUGUGUCUGCUGAAGAUGGAGGAGAAGUUCGCCAGCGGCCAGUACGGGGGCAUCACCGAGUUCGUGGCGGACUUCAGGUUGAUGCUGGAGACGUGCUACCGCCUGCAUGGAGUGGACCACUGGAUCUCCAAACAGGGCCAGAAGCUGGAGAUGAUGCUGGAGCAGAAGUUAGCGCUUCUCUCUCGGCACUUGAGAGAAAAGACAACGAUAGCAGUUACUUCUAGAGGCUAUUAUGGAUUGGAGGAUGAGAAGGGAACUGCAUGUACCUCAACAAGGCGUCGGUCAACACCGCGAAGUUUGGCAGGCUUGACAAGUGGAGUUUUUGAAUCUAUAAUGGUUCAAGUUUUGAGACAGGAAGAACAGCUGAGAGCAAAAGAAGAAAAAAGGCUUCGGGAGCAGGAAAGAAAAGAAGCGGAAGAAGCUAGUCAAAAGGAAAUAGAAGAAUGGGAAAGAAAACUUCUAGCUCAAGCAGCUCCAACUUGUAUGGAGACCAUGUGGGAAAUUCCAGCUAUUGGGCAUUUCCUUUGUUUAGCCCAACAAAUUCUAAAUUUGCCAGAAAUAGUCUUUUACGAAUUGGAACGUUGUCUUCUGAUGCCUCAGUGUAAUGCUUUUCUAUCGAAAAUAAUGACUUCUCUAUUAAGUCCUCCCCAUCGCAGACCUACCUUACAUCGAAGACCUACUUUGCCUUAUAGGACCUGGGAAGCAGCGCUGAGGCAGAAAGUACAACAGUGGUACACUGCUGUAGGGCAGACUGAAAAUCCUGAUAACUGUGCUGAAAAACUGGGGUUGUGUCCUCAGUUUUUUAAAGUCCUUGGAGAAGUUAAUCCAUUGGAAGAAAAACCUUUUCACGAACUACCUUUUUACCAAAAAGUAUGGCUACUUAAGGGUCUUUGUGACUUUGUGUAUGAAACACAAAAGGAAGUUCAAGAUGCUGUACUUGGACAGCCUAUCCAUGAAUGCAGGGAAGUUAUUCUUGGUUAUGAUUAUUUGGAGAAUGCUUAUGUACAUUUUCCACAGUUCUGUGGUGCAGAUGUACGGAUUUAUAAACAGAGACCCUUUCAGGCCCCAGAAUUUCCAGUUCCACCCAUUAAAAUACAAAGAGUACCUCGGAUUAAAUUGGAGAAAUUGAAGUGUGACUAUGUUAGUACAAGUAAUGGAGAACAUAGAUGUAGUAGAGACAGCCUGCCCUCUUCCUUCAAGAAAGAGCAGGAAAAUAAUUUUGAUCCAGUUUGCUGUCCUGCUAAAAUGAUCUUGGAUAAUCAUGACAUCUCUGUUGAAAUGGAAGUAAAAUCCAACUAUGAAAUUAGAAUUCGCAGGCCUUGUGAAAUUAAAAAAACUGAUUGUUGUAAAGAAAAUUUAGAGAAACCAGGGAGUCCAGGGGAAGUUACUGGCUUUGGAGAGCCUCUCAGUCCAGGUGAAAUAAGGUUUAUAGAAAAUCAGGAAAAAUAUGGUGAAGCUUCCAGAAUAAAGAUUGAACCCAGUCCAUUAAAAGAAAAUACUCUAAAAUCUUGCCAAAUACAUGUAAAUGGAAGUCACAGUGAUCAUCCAGAAAUUAACUGCCACAAAGUUGUAAGGGAUAUUCUAUUAGAGCAGUCACUACAGAGCCACAAGAAACUCAAACUAACUAAAAUGAGGGCAAAAAAGAAGAAAAAGAAAAAAAAGAAAUUGAAAGAUGUUUUGAAUGAAAACUUACAGAGAAAGCGUGAAGGUCUUCAUUCUCUUGCAUUCAAGUCUUACAAACCUGAGAUCCAGAAUAAGUUAUUGAUCAUCAAAAAAAAAGCAAAACACAAGAAGCACAAAUCUGGAAAAAAAUCCGUCUCUAAAAAAGCAAUCACAAAGAAGAGGAAAACUGUCACAAAGUCACCUACUGUACCAGAGUUUCAGCUUAUUUGCACUAAUCUUGAUGAACUCAGGGAAUUAAUCACAAAAAUCGAGAAUGAACUCAAAGAUCUGGAAAACAGUAGAAAAAAAUCGGGAAAAUGGUAUCAUCGGAGGCAAGCUGUAAAAGAAUUACAUAGUACAUUGAUACGUCUUUUAAAUGAAUUGCUGCCAUGGGAACCAAAGUUAAUGAAGGCUUUCCAAAGAAACAGGAGCCGCCUAAAGAAAGACUAUGAUGAUUUCAGAAGACAACCUGAUCAUGAUAAAUUUACUAGAGAACUAUGGACCACUGAUGAAGGUGAAGGAGAUCUUGGAAAAGACUCUCCUAAGGGAGAAAUCAGUAAGUCUGUAGACUCAACAGAACCUCUGGAUAUCUUGGAGAAAGAUCACUUUGAUUCAGAUGAUAUGAAGUUGUCAGAAAUAGAUUUUCCUAUGGCUAGAAGCAAGCUGUUGAAAAAGGAAUUGCCUUCAAAAGACUUACCGAAGACACUGCUUAAAACCCUUAAACGACAGUCCAAACAAACUGGUUAUGUGGAUGACAGCACAAAAGAGCUUUCUCCAAGGAAGAAGGCAAAGUUAAGCACAAAUGAGACAACAGUUGAGAAUCUAGAAAGUGAUGUGCAGAUUGACUGUUUCAGUGAAUCAAAGCAUACAGAGCCAUCAUUUCCAGAGUCAUUUGCCUCAUUGGAUUCAUUACCAGUGUCUACUCUCCAGAAAGGGACCAAACCCAUUCAGGCUUUGCUUGCAAAGAAUAUUGGGAACAAAGUGACCUUAACAAACCAACUGCCUCCUUCCACAGGUAGAAAUGCUCCUGCUGUGGAAAAACCAGUUUUAUCUGCUCCAGAAGCAAGCCCGAUAAAGCCAGCAUUGACCUGCCACACCAAUACAAAAGGUCCUUUACAAAUGGUAUACAAAAUGCCCUGUGGCCAGUGGUUGCCAAUAGAUCUUCAAAAUAGCUCUGUAAAGAUUCAGAUGCAGCCUGUGGUGGAUCCUAAAACAGGAGAAAAAAUCAUGCAGCAAGUUCUUAUUCUGCCUAAGAAUUUUGUGAUUCAGCAUAAAGAAGGAAAAGCAGUUGCAAAAGAAAUACCACCAUUUCAACAGAAAGGUACAGAACAACAUUGUUCAUCUUUCCCACAGACAACAAAUAUAAAUUCUUCUUUAGCGUCAGUUUUUGUCAACUCACCAGGAACUGUUUCUACCCAACUACCAAAUACAGUUUUCAACAAAACAGUUACACCUUUAUCAAAUAUAAGUAGUGCUAGACCACAGCCUUUGUCACCUGUAACCUCUGUAAGUAACUUAUUAACACCAUCAGUUAAGACUAGCCAGAGUGAGGCAGGAAAAGCCAAGAAUGCAGUUUCAGCAGCCACAUUCUCCUUGCCCAGUGCUUCACCCACCAUUUCCUCCACAGGUCAGCCUCUGUUAUCAACAACAACACUAAAUGGGUCUACAAAUCCUGGUAGUUCCUUCAACUGUUUUGCACAACAGACUGCUGAUUCUUCUGAAGCAAAGCAAGAGCUGAAAACUGUGUGCAUAAGAGAUUCACAGUCAAUUCUUGUUAGGACACGAGGUGGGAACACUGGAGUUGUAAAAGUACAGACCAACCCAGAUCAAAAUUCACCCAAUACUGUGUCUUCAAGUUCAGUUUUCACUUUUGCUCCUCAUCUUCAGGCAUUUCUGGUGCCAAAAUCAACAACUUCUUCCUCUGCUUUUCCACCUGUAGCUGGAACAACUACUACAUCUAGUCUUUCGCCUUUUAGCCAAACACCGACUUCUGUUUCCAUUCCAGCUAGCUUUGCUCCAUCCAUGGGGAAAAAUCUCAAACUUACAUUAGGCCACCCCACUGGCAGUAGUGAUUUGGGCCACAUGAUAGAUAAAACUUCACACAUGCCCUCUUCUCCCUUGAAGUCCUCUGUUUGUUCUAGUACUCUGCUACCAUCAACAACAAGUAGUUCAGUAAGUGUAAUUAGCAUAUCAGCAGCAAAUUUUGGACAAAACAAUGCAAAUAUUAUUCAUACUGCAACUAAACAGCAACAAGUAGAUUAUAUCACAAAAAGUUACCCUGUUACAAGGUCAGAAGCAACAGCAACAACAAAUGGAGAUGUAAUCAGUGGGACUCCAGUUCAGAAACUUAUGCUGGUAUCAGCUCCAUCUAUUCUUUCUUCUGGCAAUGGAACUGCAAUUAAUAUGACACCUGCACUGACAUCUACAGGUGUUUCUGCCCAGAAAUUAGUUUUUAUUAAUGCCCCAGUUCCCACUGGUACAUCAACCCCAACUCUUGUUGCAGAAUCAUUAAAACAAACUCUUCCUCCAUUGAAUAAAGCAUAUGUUAAGACUUCAGAGCAACCCCAAAUAGUACUGAUUCCAUCUACAGUGGGCACACCAAUAAAAAUAAAUUCUUCACCAGCUGUGUCUCAGAUAAAAGAUGUGAAAAUUGGACUAAACAUAGGUCAAGCAAUUGUAAAUACUUCAGGCACUGUGCCAGCUGUACCAUCAAUUAACGUAUUACAAGAUGUAACCCCAAAAGGAGAAGACAAAAGUAGCAAGGGCUAUAUUUUGCCAUUGUCAACAAGUGGUAAUUCUGUUCCAGUAAGCUCAAAUUUUGUGAGUCAGAAUAUUACCCCUGUUAAUGAAUCAGUGGUUUCUGCAGCAAGAGCAGUAAACAUGCUUUCAGUUACUGGAACAAAUUUAUCUUUGGGUUCCCUUUCAGUGACCUCAGCCUCUGCUUCAGCUGGGGCACGACCUGUUUUAGUCAGUGGAAAUGAUACCUCUUCAAGAAUUAUGCCUAUUUUGUCAAAUAGACUUUGCUCAUCAAGUCUCGUAAACACUGUGGCUAUAUCAACUGUGAAAACAGGACACCUUGCAUCAUCUGUUCUGAUUUCAACUACACAACCAGUAGUGUCUCCUAAAUGUUUAACAUCAGCUUUGCAAAUUCCUGUUACGGUUGCCUUACCUACACCUGCGACUACAUCCCCUAAAAUAAUAAACACAGUUCCACAUUCGGCAGCAGUACCAGGAGCCACACGUUCUGUAUCUCUUUCUAAAAGACAAUCUCGGACUUCACUCCAGUUUCAUUCACCAGGGAUUUCAACUACAGUGCCAACAAAUGUAAACACAAAUAAACCUCCAACUGAAUUGUCGUCCCUUUCACCAAGUCCAGACUCAGCCCAAGUCUCCGUGUCCAUCACCUGGGACACUGUCUGAGGAACUCUGUGAGGAGAGCCUUUUCCACAGAGAAAUGAGAGCACCCUCAGUGAGUGACAGUCUGGGGGUUUUGGAGGGAUGUAGUGUUCAAGCCACAGGUUCCUCAGUGUACAGGAUUGAGGUUCAGCAGAGACCUCGUGAGGGGAGGAGGUACCCAAAUGCGUGAUGAAGUUUCCUUGGUUUAGAAUUCAUUUAUUUGUUUGAAGUGGGAGAGGUGGAAGCCUUAUUUUAAGUGGUAAGACUUGACAGUAUCAGAAGAGUGGGGAAAUAUUUUAAUAUUUUGUUAAAUGUUGUUUUUUUCAAUGUGUGUAAUACGUCUCUUUAUCCUGUGUUUUCUUUUUCCCCUUUGGUGAAAUUUUGUCUUUAGUAGAAAAUGAUGCAGUUAUGUUACACUGGUGUUUCUGAUGACACAAGAUGAUUUUUAGGUGGUUUACUGACUCACCGUUAUAUAGCAAUGAAUCAUAUAGUGAGAAAGUAAUUUCUUUAAAACUCUGUAAGCCUUCCAAUUAUGUCAAAGACAGCCUUUAGCUUUUCUCUGAUCCUUGUUAAUCUCUGUUUGACAAAGAGAGCAGGUCUCAGGUUCAUAGCCUUCUGUGACCACUAGUAUUUUCUUAGGCUAAAAAAAUUACUUUCAUUAUCUUCGUUUUUAUAGUUAUCCUCUACUAUGGAAAAUGAUACUGGUUUUCCACUUAGGAUGGCAAUAGAAAUUAAAGCCAAAAAAAGUUUAAAUGAGCUGCCUGAAAGAGAAAUAUUAGAUAAAUAAUAGUGUAGGUGAUAUGUUGAUGUAGCCAAAGGAAAACAAAUUGCAAUGUUGCUAUGCAAAUAAUGACACCAUUCCAGAAUCUCUGAUCCUUUAUGAUUUCUUCUGCACAUUCUUGUGAGAGGGAUUUGGGAACCCAAGAGAGCUAAAUUGCCAUAGGUACAUGUAAGGCAGUACACAGGCAUCAGUACUAAGGCAGUACAUAGUAGCUUUUACUUAUUUAAAUCCUUCUACCAAUUUCUGGUUUUAUAGAAAAUACUUGUCAUUAGUUAGAAUAGCAUUGAGCCUUGAAGUGAAAUGUAAUUAGACUGCGUUAUAUGUCUUACCUAAGAUAUAGGAUCCAGCCAGGCAUGGUGGCUCACGCCUGUAAUCCCAGCAUUUUGGGAGGCUGAGGCGGGCAGAUCACCUGAGGUCAGGAGUUUGAGACCAGCCUGACCAACAUGGAGAAACCCCGUCUCUACUAAAACUACAAAAUUAGUCAGGCGUGGUGGCGCAUGCCUGUAAUCCCAGCUACUCAGGAGGCUAAGGCAGCAAAAUUGCUUGAACCUGGGAGGUGGAGGUUAUGGUGAGCCAAGAUCGCACCAUUGCACUCCAGCCUGGGCAAGAAGAGCGAAACUCCAUCUCAAAAAAAAAAAAAAGCUAUAGGAUCUUUACAAUAUAUUAUUGUAGUAUAAUAGAAUUUUAGAGCAAAAAGAGACAUUGCUGACAUGUUCUUGAUCAGAUAAAUAGGCCAGUCAACACUUUGUCUUAAACCUGUAAAAGUAUCCUUUGUGAGCACUCCAUAGUACCGGAACAAUUCUGUGUACAGUUCAUGUCGGUCAAGGUUCGAAAACCUGACUAGUUUGUUAUUAGCCAAAUUUCAAGUAAAGAGAAAUUGGAUGGCCCCAGAAUACCCACUUGAAUUCUCUCUCUCAGAAAAUAACAGCAUGGAUUUACUAACAUUACCUCUGGCACAGAUAGUAUCAUGCAUUGCAACAUUUAUUGAUGGAGUUUUCCCAAUUUAAUAUUUCUCAUCAUUUCCUCACAUGAUUAGUACUGCUAGCUGACCUACUAAAAUUUUAACACUGACUUAUUAUUAGAGAUGGCUUGCAUUUUUCCUACACCAUUCCAAAGGAAAACAUUAGAUGUCUGUAAUAAAUUCAAGCAAAAGUAUGAGAGAAAUAAUUUCAGCAUGUCUCAGGUGUCUCGCUGGCUCUUAAGGUGAAUAAGGUGGUGGUGACUGUUCUGCAGAGAGUUUCUCAUAAGCAGGUGGAGCGUUGGGAACCUGUGAGGACAAGAAAGGGAGAAUAUGGUCUUGGCAACAGUGUAUGUGUUUCUAGGAAGGGAUUAAGUUAAAAUAGUUAACAUACUUAUACUUUGCCUGUGGACUGAAAUUUCUAAGUGUUCACAUAUAAUUUCUGCCCAAUGAAGUAAUUGUUAAAUUUCACAAGUAUAUAGGCUGAUUGUUGGGGGCAAGAGUAGAGAAAAAUAGGGUCAAGGAGUUCCCAAAAUCUCAAAAGCUUAGCUAUACCUGGAUUUUCCAUGACAGUAAAAGUCUCAAGCCCUAACUAACGAAUCAUUGAAUGCAAUUUACAGACACUAUAUACAUUGCAUCUUUACCACAGAGAUCCUUGUAAUUGUGUCUAAAGGCACAUUGAUACUACCAAAUAUAAAACAAGAGGAUAUUGUAUCCAGAACAAAUGUGUCAGGGCUUCAUUUAAUGCUCACAACAAUUCUGGGAGUGUUUUUAUUAUUUUCAUGUUACAGAAUGGGAAACUAGGGCACAGAGAGGUUAACUCGCUUGCCCAUGAUCACACAACUAGUAAGUUGUGGAGCUAAGAAUCAAGCACAGUAAUUUGGCUCCAGAGUCAGCGCUCUCAACCAUUAUGCUAUGUUGUAUAUGUACUAGUGCUGUCCAAAAGAAAUAUGGUACAAGCCACUUAUGUAAUUUUAUUUUAUUUUAUUUAUUUAUUUUUGAGAUGGAGUUUUGCUCUUGUCUCCCAGGCUGGAGUGCAGUGGCACUAUCUCGGCUCACUGCAACCUCCACCUCCCGGGUUCAAGUGAUUCUCCUGCCUCAGCCUCCCAAGUAGCUGGGAUUACAGGCAUGCACCACCACGCUUGGCUAAUUUUGUAUUUUUAGUAAAGACAGGAUUUCACCAUGUUUGCCAGGCUGGUCUUGAGCUCCUGAGAUCAGGUGAUCCACCCGCUUCGGCCUCCCAAAGUGCUGGGAUUACAGGUGUGAGCCACCAUGCCCAGCCAUAUGUAAUUUUAAAAUUUCUAGUAGCUACAUUUAAAAGAAGAAACAUGUAAAAUUAAUCUUAAAAUAUUUUAUUUAACCUAAUAUUAUCAGAAUAUUUAUUUCAAGAUGAAUCAAUAUAAAAAUGAUUAAUGAACCAUUUAUCUUCUUUUCUACAUACUAAUAUUUUUGAAAUAUGGUAUGUAUUAUAAUACAUCUUAUUUCAAACUCCUAUGUUUUAAGUGUUCAAUAGCACCAUGUGAGUAGUGGCUAAGCCAUCAGGCAGCACAGCUCUAUACAAUAAAUAAUAGGUACUUUAUCCCUCCCUUCUGUAUAUAUGUACAUCCAUUAAAAAGGCAAAUAUAACUAAAAACAUAAAAGAAUAUUGUAUCCAGGACUAAGUUCUUCCUUUGAAUCUUACAUGUAGGGCUCUCAUUAUUGACCCUGGAAACACUGGGUAUGUGACAACACAAUUAAGAAGAUAUCUGUACUUCCCUUGUUUUUUGUUUUUAUUAUUAUUUAUUUUUAUUCUCAUAAAAUACACAUAAAAGUUGCCAUUUUAACCAUUUUGAGGUGUGUAUAGUUCAGUGGCAAUGAGUACAUUCACAUUGUCCUUGCUUUUUAAAUGGAAAUAAUUGUAUUCACUUGAGUUAAAAACAGCCAUUCAUGAAAAUACCCUUAUGAAGGAUCUUAACCUACCACAGGUUCACAGUUUUUCUCUUGAAGAGACAGUUUGCUGUCCCGAUGAUCAAACCCUUCUUGUGGGCAUCUUCUUGUUAAGGCGCAUUGAGUGCCAACAUGAAGACUUUUAUCCUGAAAUGUAAAUUGAUAAAGGUGAGUGGGUGAGAAGAAGUAACUGAAUCCAUUAAAGAAAAGAGAAGGAAGCCAGAGUUUUAAGAAUGAGUUUUAAUCUAGGUUCUGCCACUUACUUGCUGUGUGCCUCAACACUUUACCUUCUGAUUUCUGAGUUUGCAUCUAGGAAGAUAAUACCCACCUACCUCUCAGAAUUGUUGUGGGAAUUAACUAGAAGUAAAGCUCUAGUGCAGUGCCUGGGACCCAAUAGUUGGUCAAAGAAUAUUUCUGAAGGGAAGGAUAAGAAGAGUGAAUCUACAAAAGGAACACUCCUGUGAAAUUAUCCAUCAAUAGUGAGGCAGAAAUAAAGACUUUGUCAAACAAAAAUUGAGGAAAUUCAUUGCCAAUAGACCUGCCAUGCAAGAAACAUUUGAAGUUCUUUAGAGAAAAAGAAAAUAACAUAGGUCAGAACCUUGUACCUACAUAAAGGAAGAACAUCCAAGAAGGAAUAAAUGAAGGUAAAAUAAAAACUUUUUUUCUUUUUUUUUUUUUUUUUUUGAGACAGAGUCUCACCCUGUUGCCCAGGCUGGAGUAUAAUGGCACGAUCUUGGCUCACUGCAACCUCUGCCUCCUGGGUUCAAGUGAUACUCCUGCCUCAGCCUCCUAAAACUUUGUCUUUCUUUCUUUCUUUUUUUUUUUUUUUUUUUUUAAGAGACAUGAUCUUGCUAAGUUGCCCAGGCUGGUCUUAAACUCCUGAGCUCAAGCAAUCCUCCUGCCUCAGCCUCUGAGUAGCUGAGACUACAGGCAUGCACCACUGCACCCAACAUAUUUAUCUUAUUCUUAGUUGAUUUAACAGAUAAUAGUUUGUUCAAAAAUGAAUAAUAGCAACAGUGUAUUUGAUUAUGUAUGCUUAUAUACACUUGAAAUUAGUAACAGCAAUGAUACAAGGGAAAGGAAUGUUAACAGAAAGAAAAAAACUGCAAAAUAUUUUAAAGAGGUUUAUUCUGUGCCGAUAUGAAUGACCAUGGCCAGGAGAACAGUCUCAAGAGGUCCUGAGAAAGUGUGCUUGAGGUGGUUGGGUUAUGAUUUGGUUUUAUACAUUUCAGGAAGACAGGAAUUGUAGGUAAAAAUCAUAAAUCAAUACACGGAAGGUGUACACUGGGUCAGCCUGAAAAGGCAGGACAUCUCAAAGCAGAGACUUAGAAGUCACAGGUGGGUUUUAGGUAUUCUUUAGUUAGCAGUUGGUUGAAAGAGUUCAGCUCUGUCUUAAGACUUGAAGUCAGUAUAAAGGAAUGCUUAAGAUAAGGGAGUCUGCAAUCUGUCAUGUGAUGCUAUACCAGAGUCAGUUUGGAAAGUAAACCACAUUAUAUGGGGUUAAUUUAAAAAAAAAAAACAAAAACAUUUUAUGGUUUGAAGGGCAUGAUUUAACCCUUUCCUUGCAUUGUCUUGUUCCUAAUUUGAUAUUGCCACAAAGAGUUCAUUCUGUCAGUCCUGUAAUCUCUAUUUUAAAAUUAAUGCUGGUCAGUUGUACCUAAAACUCUAAAAGGGAGGGAGUAUAAUGAGGCAUCUCUCACCUCCCUUCCCAUCAUGGCCAAGACUCAGUUUUUCAGGUUUCCCUAGGGUCCCCUUGGUGAAGAGGGGGUCCAUUCAGUUGGUUGGAGGAUUUAGGAUUUUGUUUUUAGUUUACAGGAGGAAGGAAUUAGGAUUAUUUUAUUUUAAGGUACUCAUAAUGCCUAUGAAAUGGUGUAGUGUUAUUUGAAAGUGGAUUUGAAUUAGUUGUAAAUGUAUAUUGCAAACUCUAGGGAAACCACUGAAAAAAGGUAAAAAAGAAGUAUAAGGCCGGGCGCAGUCGCUCACACCUGUAAUCCCAGCACUUUGGGAGGCCAAGGCGGGUGGAUCACGAGGUCAGGAGAUUGAGACCAUCCUGGCUAACACGGUGAAACCCCGUCUCUACUAAAAAUACAAAAAAUUAGCCAGGCAUGGUGGCGGGCACCUGUAGUCCCAGCUACUUGGGAGGCUGAGUCAGGAGAAUGGCAUGAACCCGGGAGGCAGAGCUUGCAGUGAGCCAAGAUCGUGCCACUGCACUCCAGCCUGGGCAACAGAGUGAGACUGUCUCAAAAAAAAAAAAAAGAAGUGUAACUGGACUGGAGGCCAAGUGGGUGGAUCAGUUGAGGUCGAGUUUCAGCCUGGCCAACAUGAUGAAAACCCAUCUCUACUAAAAAUACAAAAAUUAGAUGAGCAUAGUAGUAUGCACCUUUAAUCUCAGCUACUUAGGAGGCUGAGACAGGAGAAUCACCUGAACCUGGGAGGCAGAGGUGGCAGUGAGCCGAGAUCGUGCCACUGCACUCCAGCCUAGGCGACAGAGUGAGUGAGACUCCGUCUCAAAAAGCAAAAAGAAGUAUAACUGAUAUGCCAAGAAAGGAGAGAAAAUGGAAUCAUAUAAAAUGUCCAGUGAAAAUCACAAAAGGCAGAAAAAGAGUAAAGACAAAAAUAGAAACAAAGAACAGAGGCAACAGGUAGAAAACAGUAACAAUAUGGUAGAUAUUAAUCCAACUAUAUCAAUAACCACUUUGAAUAUCAAUGGUCUAAAUGCACCAAUUAAAAGAUAGAUUGUCAGAGUGGGUCAACAAACAAGACCCAACUAUGUGUUCUCUACAAGAAACCCUCUUUAAAGACACAUACAUGUACAUUAAAAGUAAGUGGAUAAAGGCCAGGCAUGGUGGCUCACACCUGUAAUCCCAAGCACUUUGGGAGGCCAAGGCAGGCGGAUUGCCUGAGCUCAGGAGUUCGAGACCAGCCUGGCCAACAUGGUGAAACCCCAUCUCUACUAAAAAUACAAAAAUUAGCCAGGCUUGGUGGUGCACACCUGUAAUCCCAGCUACUUGGGAGGCUGAGGCAGGAGAAUCACUUGAACCCAGGAAGUGGAGGUUGCAGUGAGCCAAGAUCACACCACUGCACUCCAAUCUAGGUGACACAGCGAGACUCUGUCUCAAAAAAAAAAAAAAAAAAAAAAAAAAAAAGUAAG